AUGCUGCCAAUACUGAAAUUUGGGGCAAAAUAUAUUGCAAUAACUGCCAUACGCGAAUUGGAGGACAUCAUACCGCAAACGUUAAGUUUCACUGUGGAUCUGUACAGCUCGCUUUUCAUGUCGGUAUGCAUGUCAAAUUCCGUAUCUUUGCUUCUGUCUAUUUCCUUCAUUGUUGCCGACUUGGGACUAACAUUAUUGGAAUUUCGCGAACUACGGUCCAAUGCAUUUGUCGUUGUGCAAUUACUCAAUCAACAACGAAUUGCUCGAGAAUCGAUGCAGUCUGCAUUAUUGACUGAAACACCAGAUUUACUCGCAAUGAUUAUUGCGGUAACGCGAGAUCCCCACGCUCAUAAUAUAGUUUCCCUGCGUGGUGUGCGAUUACAUGCCUGUCUUCCGCAUCCUCUCCCAGAAGAUUGCUCCAAGCAACUUCAAAUUCUCGCAGCAUCAAGAUUAUUUUGUCAAAACAUUACGACCAAAACACGACCUAUUCGUCGACGCAAUCAAAUGUCGCGCAUUUUUCCUAAAACUUCUGUUCAACCGGUUGAAUUUAACCUUGUGAACGUUUCGACGAGACAACAGCCUAAAAAAUCUGCUGAUCUUCCCAGAGUCUCUGAUGUGAAAACCAAAAAUGGCAAAAGAUCGGAAUAUUUUGUUUUGCAAGGGCUCCAGUUUUUAUUUCAUUGUGAAUAUUUGGCACUAGUGGAAUACAUUGAAUGUGUUGUUCCCACCAUAUAUGUCAUUUACAAGUCAGUGCUCGAAUUGCUUCCAAAUGUCGUUUACUUUCCUGGCGGUGCUGGCAAAUGGGGUACCUUUGCUAUAUCAAACAUUUUGAUCUUUGCUUUGUUGGAAGUUGGGUCGUUUCUCUUCUUAGAUCAAUUUAUACAACGCAAAUUUAAGGUCUCUCCUAUGUAUCAGGUCGCUUUUGUACUUGAAAAGAUGUUGUGGCAGGUCCAAUCGAUGUUGCUUCUCUCGAUUAGUCUUCUAGCGUAUGAUCUCGCUCAUCACGGAGUCGAUUUCACUUUCCGAUUCAAUUGGCUUCGAUAA